AUGUCGUCCUCGCAAAGCGUCCCCGUCCCGUCCGACUUUAACGCGUGCCUCUACACCACCCUCGCUGAGGCUGACCCAGAGGUCGCGACCUUGGUCGAGAAGGAGACAUGGAGGCAGUUCUCGGGUCUCGAGCUCAUCGCCUCGGAGAACUUGACCUCGCUUGCCGUCAUGGAGGCCAACGGGUCCAUGUUCACCAACAAGUACUCUGAGGGUCUCCCCGGUGCGCGAUACUACGGUGGAAACGAGUGGGUCGACGAGCUCGAGAACCUCUGUCGGGAUCGUGCGCUUAAGGCGUUCAACCUCGACCCUAAGGUCUGGGGCGUCAACGUCCAGCCCUACUCUGGCUCGACCGCCAACUUCGCUGCCUUCACUGCCCUCAUCAACCCCCAGGACCGGAUCAUGGGUCUCGGUCUCCCCGACGGUGGUCAUCUUACCCACGGUUACUACACCGCCAAGAAGAAGAUCACCGCUUCUUCCGUCUACUUCCAGUCCUUCCCCUACCGCGUAGACACCCAGACCGGUAUCAUCGACUACCCCCAGCUCGAGACCAACGCCAACCUUUUCAAGCCCCGUCUUCUCAUCUGCGGUGGUUCCGCUUACCCCCGUGACUGGGACUACGGACGGCUCCGCAAGAUCGCCGAUGCCCAGGGCGCCUACCUCCUUUCCGACAUGGCCCACAUCUCGGGUCUCGUUGCCGCCGGCGAGCAGUCGAGCCCCUUCGAGUUCUGCGACGUCGUCACCACCACCACCCACAAGACCCUCCGUGGUCCCCGUGCUGGUCUCAUCUUCUUCCGCAAGGACAAGGAGUCGGACAUGGAGGCCAGGAUUAACGCCGCCGUCUUCCCAGCUUGCCAGGGUGGACCCCACAACAACACCAUUGCCGGUAUCGCCGUCGCUCUCAAGCAGGCUGCCGACCCUGCCUUCAAGACCUACGCCAAGCAGGUCCGCGCCAACGCCGACGCUAUGGCCCAGGUCCUGUUCAAGUACGGCUACAAGCUCCAGACCGACGGCACGGAGAACCACUUGAUCCUUUGGGACCUGCGCCCCAUUGGCUUGACUGGUAGCAAGGUCGAGAAGAUCUGCGACGCCGUCCACAUCACCCUCAACAAGAACGCCGUUGCCGGUGACACUUCCGCUCUUGUCCCCGGUGGUGUCCGUGUCGGUGCCUCCGCCCUCACCUCGCGAUCCAUGGGCGAGAAGGACGUCCAGCAGGUCGCCGAGUUCCUCCACCGUGUCGUCCAGAUCUCCCUCACCGCCCAGAAGGAGGCCGGCUCCAAGAAGCUCGCUGACUUCGUCACCGCCUACACCAAGGGUGACGGCGAGUCGGCCAAGCUCGUCGCCGAGCUCAAGGCCGAAGUCCAGAAGUUCGCUACCAGCUUCCCCCUCCCCGGUGUGCCGGACACCACCACCAUCAAGCGAUUCGACUAG